ACUGACAGAGAGCAGGUUUAGAUGGACAUGAAGAAGAAAUUGCUCUCUGUGAGGGUGCUGAGGCCCUGGCACACUGAGAUAUGUCAGGCAUAGGAUAGGACAUCCUUAGGAAUUCUUGUUUUUUCCACUGUCAGGCAACCACUAAGUAUAGAUGUCUGAUAUUAAAGCAGCUGGAGUUUAGAGGGGGAAAAAUGCCACCAAGGCUGCUAAAUAAAAACCAGACUGUUUUGUUUUCUGUUAAAUAUAAAAGAGAAACCGACAGCUUAAUUUUAUCCAGAUACAGAGAGAAAGAGUUUAUACCAGUUCCAGUAGUUUUACUUUGUUCAGCUGUUUUCAGUUCCUCUUUCACACAACAAUAAAAUAUAUGUUGCACAAAAUAUGUCACAAUGUUUGUCUAAAAAUGGGUAAACCUUGGAAGGAAUGAGGUAGCCAGCCUUCCUUAUGGUCAUGAGCUGGUUGCAAAAUGAUUCUUGUUAAAACCACUUUUUAAAUCUUUCUUGGAUUGUGACCCAGACAGGGACCUUUUGGCUGUGAAUUACGGCAGGAGAAAAAUAGAGCACUUGUUCUUAUUUGUUUAAUAAUGAUUUUUAAAAAGUGAUUUGGUGUAAACCCAAAGCACUUAAUUUCUCCUAAAAGAACAUCCUGAAAGGAAAAAUUGAAAUGUUUGAUUUCAAAAUUGUUAAACAUUCCAUUAUUUUCAGAAAAUAUAUUUAAUGUUAACAAUGAUUUUUUUUCCUCCUUGGUAGCAGAAACUCUUUGUUUAUAUUAGAAAAUAAUUUUGGUCCCAAAAAGUUACAAGUUUUUUCAAAUCUUUUACAUAUCAGAAAAUAUCUCCCAAUUAUUAUAGGUCUGGAUGCAGUAAGCAAGCACAUUAAAUCCAGAAAAAUCCACAUUUGCUCAGCUGUCAAGCACAUCCACUGAACCCUAGGAACAGAUAGCUUGAGGGUAAAACAUCCUAGUUACUGUAAGUGGAAUUUUAGAGAGGUUUUCUAUUUGAAAUCUUCCUUCUAAGCCUCUCUCUCUCACAUGCUUGGUUUUUGUUUCAAUUUUCCUUUUUACUACAACCAAAUAAAAGUCAUUAUCUGGAAUUGUCAAGUGGUGAAAACCAGCCCAGAAGGCUUGCUUUCACAAAGGAGAGUUAUUUUUCCAAGUGUUUACUGCUUUCUUUGUUCAUAAUGCAUAUUACAUUUUAAAUAUUUUAUCUAUUUCAGAAUAGAUGAUUUGCAGAUUACUUAUCUUUGAAUUUGGAUCUAGUAAUGAAAUCUUUACCAGAUCUGUUUUCUUGAUGAGAUAGAGAUACAUAGGACUCAACUGACCCCAGAAAAUUCUUCACUUCUGACCUGAGGCUGCACAAUCUCCCUUCAGGCACUGCAAGGCCACAGUGAGGUCACCUCAAAGCCUUCUCUUCUCCAGGCUGAACAAUCUCAUUCUCCCAGACUUUCCUCAUGGCAGAGGUUCUCCAGCUUCUCAGUGCUGUAUUGGCCUCAUCUGGACUCUCUCCAACAGUCCCAUGUCCUUCCUGUGCUGGGACUCCAGAGAGAAAAGAGGUCACCCCUCAGCCCCCUUUUCUCCAAACUGGACAAACCAAGGAAUCCUCAGCUGCUCCGCACAGGACAUUCCUUCCAACACUUCCACCAGCUUUCUUCCCUUCCUGUGAGCCUCCAUUCAAGGACCUUCAUGUUGUUCUUAAAUUCUAGGGGUCCUGGAUUGGUUUUGGCUGGGAUAGAGUUCACUUCCCUCAUAGUAACUGGUAUGACUAUAUUUUGGACUUGUGCUGGAACAGUGUUGAGACCACAGGGAUGCUUUAGUUCUUGCUGAGCAGAGAUUAAACAGAGUGAGAGACCUUUGUUUGUCAUCCCACCCCACCACUGAGGGGGCUGGGAGUGCACAAGGAAUUGAGAGGGGACACAGUUGACCCCAACUGCCCAGAGGGAUAUUACAAACCUAGAAAGCCAAGGAAUAGUUUUGUUUAGGCUGCACUAUUCCAGUUGCUGCCUUAAGCAUCUUUUUGUGCUUCCCAAAACAGGCUGGACCAAUCCCUCUUUCUGACCCCAUUUUGCCUCCAGAAUUCCCUUUCAGAGAAGCAGACAAUGUCUGUGAGCUACACAGAGCCCACAGAGCUCAGGACACAGCAGAGCAAAAUGUUUUGUGUGUGGGUUGGUGAAGCUUUGAGAACUCAAGAUACUUCCAAUCCAGAACCACUUCCCAACACAGGUGACCUCAGGGAGGCCAUGAACUUCUAUUUCCUCGUGUUACUGACAUAAAACCAUUUGCCAUCAAAAGAUAAGGUAGAAAUAGACUUCUCUUUUCAUUAGAAGUUGGGGUGUGACCGGAAGAGUCAGGAACUUCCUGCUGAAGGUUGGAGAGGGGGGGGAGCUCUGAGUCGUGCCCAGCCCAGAGUGUCACUGUCACAACAGCCGAGGGAGGGAAAAAGGAGAAGCGGGAACAAGAAUGGCAGAAAAUGUCCUUUAUGCUGACCUGAACUUGUCUGAAUCAACCAGACCCAGAAUCCUGACAGUCCCUGAUGACCCAGGCUCAGGCUGUACCUAUGCAGAAGUGAAAGUGAAAGCCCAAGACACAAAUGCUGCAACAAUAAAAGCCGUUGUUCCAGAAAACAUGUUGCCAUAUUGGUGGUGAUAAUCCUCAUACUGGUCCUGGCAGUAUAUUUAAUAAUCAAAUAUGGUCCUACUGCAGGCAGCCAAAAGGGCUCAACAACAUCGUCCCUCACGAACCAAGAGGACACAACAACACUGUCCCACAUCCCUGAAAGGGCACCAGUCUGCCCCACAGCAUGGAGGAAACAUGGCAGAAAAUGCUACUUCUUUUCUCCAGAGAAGAAAGCAAUGGACUGGAAUGCCUCCCGUGCAGAAUGCACUGCCAUGGGCUCACAACUGGUGGUCAUUGACAGCAAGAAAGAGCUGAAUUUCCUGCACAAAAGAUCAAAAGAUAAAUACUACUUACUUGGUCUCAGAUACUCUCCAGAGGAGCGGAAGUGGAAGUGGAUCAACAACGUGGAACAUGACCCAGCCAUGUUCCAUAUAAAUGAAUCUUACCGUGACUAUCACUGUACAACCAUUGGAUUUGGUGAAGUACGCGCUGCACCUUGUGGUGGAUCCGCAACAACACAAAAUAUGUGUGAAAAAGCUGCAACAAUUUCCAACAGGCAUCUGUAGGAGAGCUAAAACCAACAUGUGCAUGCUGAUCUGUUCUGCCCAGCCUCCUGUAGGAACCAUGGAUGGGAUGUGUCCCAUUUCCCUUGAGCUGCCCAGUCUCUGCUCCCAGGCUCUCCUGCAGCCUCUCUCCAGCCUCGGGGCUGAGCUCAGCCCCGCCUUUCCCUGCUGAUGCCUGAGCCUGGAUGGAUCCGCUCUGGAAGAGCUGGCCCUGGCACCCAGGAGCACUCUGGCACUGUCUCAUGCCAGAGGUGGCACUGCCAGGCAGGCAAUGCCAGGGGAGAGGAGUCCAGCCUGGGCACAGGGGUGAUCCCAAAUACAUCCCGACUCAUGGCCAGCCCUGUGUUCCCAGCCCUGCCUGGGCACAAGGAGAGCCUUCCCCACCUGGCCACAGCCUGGCCUUGCCUGCAGCCACAAGGGAAGGGCAGCACAGAUUUCUGGCUGGGAUCCUGCAAGGAAGGGCAACCCCACUCCUUGCCGGGAUGGACAGGAGAAAGUCAGGUGUGGGUGUGGAUAAACCUUCCCCUGUCCCAGACUGUUCCAAGAGCACACAGGAUCCCAGAGCCUGUGAGGGGAAUGGGAAUCAGCCCAAGGGAAAGGAUCCUACAACAGCACACCUCUGGGCAUGAAAUCAGCCCCAGUCCUGUGUGGGGAAGGGAAGGAAUGUCAAAUCUUAGAUCUGCUUGGGAAGGGCACAGUGUGGAGAUCAGCAGAGACCAGCAAGGCCUGGAGAACAGAGUCCCAAGAGAAGCUGAGCUGGACAGAAAACAGGACAAUGAAGCCCACAGUGACCUGUGAAGGAGUUGGUGAGAAGCAUGAGAGUGACCCACAGGGAAUGGCAACACAGUGCUCUGCCCUGUUUUCCUUGGAGAUUGCUCACAGGACAGGGCAGCUCUAUGGAUGUGCUCUGGGUCCCCCCAGAGAGCUCUUCUCAGGUGUCUGGGCUGACUG